CAGUAUAUAGUCUCCAGCCACACCGACAGCCUCAUCCAAAGGCAUCAGCAGUCUGGAAACACACAGCUCAAAGAGAAAGUGGAAUUGUAGCUGUCUGUUUGACGAUCCAGGAUCAAGUCAGCUGCUCUUUAAUAGUGAUGAAGAGUGUCAUGAAUUAGGAAACCAUGAACUGCCAUACUGUCAGGACACACUCAUUUAAUCCAGAAAGGAUUGCCUGAAAUCUGGAGACCUUUGUUUAAAAGUGAUUGUGCCCUAGCACUAUGGCUACCCGUUUUUUCUUAUUCGUUGCAUGGAUGGCAUGGCAAAUGGUUGGUGUUUGUUGCCAGGAUUCCCAAACACAGCAGAAUAUUCCAGACAUUUCAAAUCCAUCUCAAGAAUUAAACCAAGAGCAAGCUCAUCGCAUUGUGCAGCUGGAUUCUAUCCAAAAUGAUGGAGCACUCAACCUGUCCACUGGCAAUGUUUUAAACAUGUCCCCACCUCCACCAUCUCCCUGUGUAUCCAGAGCUAAGAUCAGACUUGCCUUCAAAUAUGUCACAACUAUUUUAUCUUGUGUAAUUUUCCUUGUGGGAAUUGUAGGCAAUGCUACACUGCUUAGAAUAAUUUACAAGAACAAAUGCAUGAGAAAUGGACCCAACGUUCUCAUUGCCAGUCUUGCUUUUGGGGACCUUUUCUACAUCCUAAUUGCUAUUCCUAUCCAUAUCUAUAAGCUUCUGGCUGAGCACUGGCCAUUUGGAGUACAUAUAUGUAAACUGGUGCCAUUUAUACAGAAGGCUUCCGUUGGUGUUACAGUUUUGAGUCUGUGCGCUCUCAGUAUAGACAGGUACAGGGCAGUUGCUUCUUGGAAUCGAAUUCAGGGCAUUGGAAUCCCUGUUUGGAAAGCUAUAGAGCUGACAUUGAUAUGGGCUGUUGCAAUCAUUCUGGCUGUCCCAGAAGCUAUUGCUUUCAAUCUUGUGGAAUUAGACUUUAGGGGGCAAACAAUUUUAGUCUGCAUGUUGCCACUGGAACAAACAUCAGAUUUAAUGAGGUUUUACCAGGAAGUCAAAGUUUGGUGGCUUUUUGGAUUUUAUUUCUGCUUGCCACUGGCUUGCACUGGAGUCUUCUACACGCUAAUGUCCUGCGAGAUGUUGAGUAUAAAGAAUGGCAUGAGGAUAGCUUUGAAUGAGCACAUGAAACAGCGAAGAGAAGUUGCUAAGACUGUGUUCUGCCUGGUAGUGAUUUUUGCCCUAUGCUGGCUGCCUCUUCAUGUAAGCAGUAUUCUUAAAAAAACAGUGUAUGACGGCAGAGAUCCAAACAGAUGUGAACUACUUAGCUUCUUUAUGGUUAUGAACUAUAUUGGGAUAAAUAUGGCCUCACUUAACUCUUGCAUCAACCCUGUGGCACUCUACUUCGUCAGCAGGAAGUUCAAAAAUUGUUUCCAGUCCUGCCUUUGCUGCUGGUGCCACAGACCAACUCUUACCAUCACACCCAUGGAUGAAAAAGGUUCUGGUGGAAAGUGGAAAGCCAAUGGGCAUGAUCUAGUCCUGGACAGUUCUCGCUUAUCUAACAAGUACAGCUCUUCCUGAAAAUCAUCUAACAGCAGGCUAUUAGUCAUGAACUUGGAAUGAACACGAGAGUGUUGCUUGUUGACCUCAGUUCUGUUUAGUUUAGUGUUUCAGAGUUGUGACAAGCAGUUUAAUGACCUGCAUCCAUCCACCACAGAGCUGUGUUUUGGGAAAUACAUCCUCCUCAAACAGGACUGUACUUUUUAUACGUUUAUAAAAUGAUUACAUGCACA